UCUCACAGUCACAGAGGGAAGGCAGUCAACCUACCGACCAUGUUUCUCUCCAUGGACAUGGCCAAGACCCAUGCGAUCAUGGCCAGAUUCCGGCCUAUCGCACCUAAGCCGUCGCUUCCCCGGCCACAGCUAGCCGAGGGCACAUGUCAGAAGGUGACGUCAGCGGGCGCGCUCCGCCUCCGCGCUCCCCGCUCCUGCCGUGCACGAAAGCGUGGACGCGCUGAGCUCGCUCCCAACCCGAACAAGCGUCAGAGGAGCAUCCUCCCCGUCCUCGCCGCCGCGGGGCCGCAGGCCCAGCUGAGCCCCACGUACCCUACGUUCGUCCCCUUCACCUGCCAGAAGAGCGCUUGCGACAUCCCAACCCUCACCGUCCUACCUCUCUCGCCCGAGGCCAAGGCGGACGCUGCGGUCCUGGUGGAGCAAGACCUGCUGCAGAAGCUGCAGGAGCCAAGGGUGAUCGUGCCCCAGCCGGUGCGACCGGUGGGGUCGAGCAUCAGCGUCGGGUCCAUAUGCCAUGACGCCAGUGCCGUACCAGCCGUCCCUGUUUCCAAGAGGCCUGAGGAGGUGGAGGAAGAGGUCGAGUCCGACGAGCUCCCGGCGGUGGUGUCCGACUCCCAAAACAGGGUGCGCCUCGCCAAUUCGGCUUACAAGGAGAUGGUGGGUCAACCGGAGUGUCCCUGGCUGGACUCCAUGAUAUUGUCCGGCCGCGGCAUGCUGCCGAUGAAGUCGCUUCCCAGGAGGAUCAGCGGGGAGGUGAUGCUGGAUGUGAAGGACUCUUCCGUCCCCAAGACCUCCAGCGGGUUCUCGUGUAAGGUGAAGAUCGAGUGGGCAUGCAACGGGAGGAAGAACCUCGUCAACGUGCCAUGCAACGUGAUUCGCCUCUUCUGUCAGUCGCGGGACUAUCUUUUUGCAUGGAGAUUUGACAUCUCCAAGGCUUCUGCCACCUACUGCGAAGCAUGAGAAACCUCUCUGCUUCUGGUCCCCCUGCUUGUGCAAACCUAGUACAAACCAAGAGCAAGCGCUAGAUAUAGUGAUAUCAAGAAGUAAAUAUAAGCGUAAAUGAGACGAGUUAUAUUUUAUUGCAAAAGAAUGAUGUGCAUUUGUGUGUCUUGCU